AUGGGAAAGAACGAAUUCCUUACCCCAAAGGCGAUCGCGAAUCGGAUCAAGGCCAAGGGCCUCCAGAAGCUGCGGUGGUACUGCCAGAUGUGCCAGAAGCAAUGCCGGGACGAGAACGGUUUCAAGUGCCACUGCAUGAGCGAGUCCCACCAGCGCCAGAUGCAUGUCUUCGGCCAGAACCCCACCCGCAUCGUCAGCGGCUACUCGGAGGAGUUCGAGACCACCUUCCUCGAACACAUGAAGCGCAGCCACCGAUUCAGCCGCAUCGCCGCCACCGUCGUCUACAACGAGUACAUCUCCGAUCGCCACCACGUUCACAUGAACUCCACCCAGUGGGCCACCCUCACCGAGUUCGUCAAGCACCUCGGCCGCACGGGCAAGUGCAAGGUCGAGGAGACCCCCAAGGGCUGGUUCAUCACCUACAUCGAUCGUGACUCGGAGACCAUGUUCAAGGAGCGCUUAAAGAACAAGCGGAUCAAGGCCGAUCUCGCCGAUGAGGAGAAAAUGGAGAAGGAGAUCCAGAGGCAGAUCGAGCGGGCCGAGCAGAUGAACCCGACGACCUCGGCCAGAUCGGAAAACGAUGAAGCAGCAACUAAACCCAGAAUCCUGGAGAAAAAUAAUGGCGAGGAGGGCGAAAGGAAAAUUAAGCUUAGUCUGGGGGCUUUGAAAAAGAACAGAGAGAAUAAUAAUUCGAGGCUUUUGUUUGACGAGGAGCCUGAAGAGAGCACUAACAGCGGGAAAAGGAAAAGGGAAGUUGAGAGUUCCAGCAAGAAUGCAUCGGCUUUGGAGGAGCUGAUGAAGGAAGAGGAAAAAGCGAAAGAGAGGAGCAACCGUAAGGAUUACUGGCUGUGUGAGGGUAUUAUCGUGAAAGUCAUGAGCAAAACUUUGGCGGAUAAAGGGUACUAUAAGCAGAAGGGUGUCGUUAGGAGGGUGAUUGAUAAAUAUUACGGGGAGAUUGAGAUGCUCGAGAACAAGCACAUCUUGGGGAUCGAUCAGGAAGAGCUCGAGACUGUCCUUCCGCAGAUAGGAGGGCUUGUGAGGAUAGUGAAUGGGGCGUACCGUGGGGAGCGGGCAAGGCUGCUGGCUAUUGAUGCAGAUAGGUUCUGUGCAAAGGUGCAGAUCGAGAAGGGGAUAUAUGAUGGGAGGAUUCUCAAGGCCGUCGAGUAUGAGGAUAUAUGCAAAGUCGCAGGCUGA